UAACCGUUGUAAAGGCGAACUCAGGCACGCAUCGUAUAAAAUAUUUCAACCCUUUCGAUAACACGAAGAAAAAUAGACGUAUCGAUAAUUCGAUAAUGAAUCGAGUGUUCAAAAAUCGCAACAGAAACAUUAAUAACUUUUAGGAAAAAUAGAAACUGUGCACAAAGUAUCGUGGACGAGUCUACGAUCAAAUUGCGCGAAUUAUAAUUUUCCUACUUGCACAUAUAUCGUUCUGUAAAACACGUAGUGUGUAAUAGCUGCAAUAUCGAAAAUGUCGAAAAUUUUCACACCAACGAAUCAAAUAAGAUUAACCAAUGUUGCCGUGGUUCGCAUGAAAAAAUUAGGCAAACGAUUUGAAAUCGCUUGUUACAGAAACAAAGUUGUCUCAUGGAGAAAUAAAUUGGAGAAAGAUCUCGACGAGGUUCUACAAACACACACAGUAUUUAUAAAUGUUUCGAAAGGUCAGGUAGCAAAAAAGGAAGAUCUCCUAAAAGCAUUUGGUACGGACGACCAGACAGAAAUAUGUAAAGAAAUCCUUACGAAAGGGGAGCUUCAAGUUUCAGACAAAGAGAGACAUUCUGCUCUAGAUUCUAUGCUCAAAGACAUUGCGACGACAGUUGCCGACAAAUGCAUAAAUCCAGAAACUAAACGUCCGUACACUGUAACGAUGAUAGAGAAAGCUAUGAAAGAUGUACAUUACUCUGUAAAACCGAACCGAAAUGCUAAACAGCAAGCUUUAGACGUUAUUCAGCAAUUAAAAGCUGUAAUGCCGUUGGAACGUGCUCAAACGAGACUCAGAGUCACAAUUUGGGGUAAAAAUGCAAAAAAGUUGAGAGACAAAAUAGUUAAAUUGGUAGCAAAGUUAGAAACGGAAGAAUGGGAUAACGGCACGUUGAAUCUAGUUUGUUUGAUCGAUCCUGGCCGUUACAGAGAUAUAAAUGAAAUGGUAACGACCGAAACGCAAGCCUCUGGAUUAUUAGAAGUGCUCAAUUUGAAGGAAAUUGUCGAAGGGGACGAAAUUCUGGAAUAAAAUCGUAGAUUUAAUUAAUCGUUGUUAGUUAUAAUCUUACAAAUCGUAAUACAGUUAAAUGUCAUAACUUUUAUAUUUUAUUCGAAUGUACAUUCAUUUACAAUACCUUUUUUUCUAUUUCUUUCUGUAUGUAUAAUUACAUCUAAAUUCGGUAUAAAAUAUUAACUUU